GUCACUUCCGUACGCUGUGCAUGCUGGGAAUGCGAGUAGCGAUUGGCCGGCGCCUGCCCCGCUUUUCAACGUGCAGGGGAGCAGGAAGCGGUAACGGCAGAGCGAGCGCGGCAGGGUGAGGGGCUCCUCACGACUAAUCCUUUUGCCAUGGAAGCCGAAGAAAUUAUGGAAUGUAUCCAGGAAUUCCCUGAACACUAUAAAGUUAUUUUGGAUAGACUGAAUGAACAACGUGAGCAGGACCAGUUUACAGAUAUCACGCUGAUUGUUGAUGGUCACCAUUUCAAAGCUCAUAAGGCUGUUCUUGCUGCCUGUAGCCAGUUCUUCUACAAAUUCUUCCAAGAUUUCACUCAGGAACCCUUGGUGGAGAUUGAAGGUGUAAGUAACAUGGCAUUUCGUCACCUAAUUGAGUUCACCUAUACAGCAAAACUCAUGAUCCAAGGUGAGGAAGAAGCAAAUGAUGUUUGGAAAGCAGCUGAGUAUCUACAGAUGUUAGAAGCUAUCAAAGCACUUGAAAUCAGGAACAAAGAAAAUCCAUCACCUUUAGAAUCAAAUCAAAGGCAAGAAAAAAAUAAAGCAAAAAAGAGGAAGAUUGCUGAAACGUCUAAUGUUAUCACAGAAACACUGCCAUCUGCAGAAACAGAGCCUGUUGAAAUUGAGGUUGAGAUUGCUGAAGGGACGAUUGAAGUGGAAGAUGGCAGCAUUGAAACACUUGAAGUAGCUUCUGCAGAGCAAUCUAUAAAGUACAUACAUACAACAGGUACAUCAGAUGAAUCUGCUUUGGCUCUUUUGGCAGAUAUCACCAGUAAGUAUCGUCAAGGAGAGACAAAAUGCCAGAUUCAAGAAGAAGGUGGUAGUGCAACUGAUCCCUCAUGCAAACAGGUAGAAGAUAUUGAAAUUGUGGAACUUCAACUGUUGCAUGUGAAGAAUUUAUUCCACUGUGAAAAAUGUAAUCGUUCAUUUAAAUUGUUUUACCAUUUUAAGGAACACAUGAAAACACACUCUGCUGAGAGUUACAAGUGUGACACAUGCAAUAAAAGUUACCUACGAGAGAGUGCUUUGAAACAACACCUCACCUGUCACCACCUUGAUGAAGGUAGUGCUAGCAAGAAGCAAAGACCUGGCAAGAAAAUACAUAUAUGCCAAUACUGUGAUAAGCAGUUUGAUCACUUUGGACAUUUUAAAGAGCACCUCCGAAAGCACACAGGUGAAAAACCAUUUGAAUGUCCAAACUGCCAUGAGCAUUUUGCUAGGAAUAGUACACUCAAAUGUCACCUGACAGCCUGUCAGUCUGGAGCUGGAGCUAAAAAGGGAAGAAAGAAGCUGUACGAAUGUCAGGUUUGUAACAGCGUGUUUAACAGCUGGGAUCAAUUUAAAAAUCAUUUGGUAAUACACACUGGUGACAAACCCAACCACUGUACCUUAUGUGAUUUGUGGUUUAUGCAAGGCAGUGAGCUGAGAAGGCAUCUCAAAGACAUGCACAAUAUUUCAGAACAAAUAGUGACAGAAGAGGUUCUUCCAGUGGAAGCUAUGGAAGCUGAACCAGUAACAUCAAUGACUGUAAUGGAACAAGUGGAGCAAGUCCAUGUCCUACCAGUAAUUCAGGUACAAGUGGAUCCCGCACAGGUAACUGUGGAACAGAUGCACCAGGAUCUCAUACAGGACAAUCAAGUGAAAGGCACACAGAUAGAGGAACUGCAAGAACAGGUGCAAAUUAGUUAUUUAGAAGUUGAACACAUUCAGACUGAACAAGGUGCUGAAGUUCAUGUGGAGCAAUUACAUGUUGAGCAUGUAAAUCGAAUACAGAUGGAAGAAGUACAGGCAGAACUUAUAGAUGGAACAGACCUUGAACAAGUAGAAUAUGAAAGUGUUGAUCAAGGAGAAGCAGAAGAAAAUGAAAUUAGUCAAGUAGAUGAUGCAGAUAUGGAAGAUCAUGAACAAGCUGAAGUUUUAAAAACUCAACAAUUAGUGGACACACAGAAUGAAAAGGUGGAUAACUAGGACAAAUAACCACACUGUGCAGCUUUAGGAAUGAAGUACCCAAUUAUUUUUGCUAGCUUUUACAUUGGUUUUUCAACCAAUGGUCAGUGGUCACCUUUCCAAUAUGCUGUCCUUAGGAAGCUGGAUAAGUAGACCAAAGUUAGUUUUCUUCAUGUACAACUAAACUUCUCAUAUGUGAAAAAUAACUUUACCAUUCAUGUAAUGCCAUGGAACAGAAACCACCACAACUUUGUUAGGAUUUUAAUAAUGAAUAGCUUGUAUCAUUUACAUCAUCCCUGAGUAUAUGUAACUUUGCCUCUUUUCCUCUUGCUAUAGAAGCAAACUCUUGUUAUAGAUUUGCAGGGUGUCUGUGGCAGAAGAAUCAGUUAAAUAUGGUGGGUUCUAAUGUAAGUGGAUAAUCAGGUGCCUGUAAAUUUUCUGGGCAGACUGUUUGCUGUUUCCUAACAGCAGUCCCUAACUUUCAGGCUGGGGAAAAAACAUUGUUGCUGGAGGUUUCAGAGCACAGAAAUACUGUGCCUUUUCGACAGGGGUGAAAUUUCCAUAAAGCUCCUAGAGAGAGUGUUCAACCUAGUUCAAUAAAAGGCAAUGCAGAUAAUGUUAUAGCUCUUUAUAUUUUUGCUAUAAAUUGUCAGCUACUGAUUUAGGGUUUUUUUUCAUUAAAUUUAGGAGGGGGUGAGGGAGGAAACAUUCCAUGUGGAGGCAGCAGGACACACUAAAAGGUACACUUUAAAUUAGGAAAAGCUCAGUAGAAUCUGUGGUAAACAUGAGCUCAAAGAAAGCUACCAGCAGACUCUUCUUUUAUAAAUUGUCAUUUUUGAAAAGGAAUAUUUUUAAACAUAUAGAGAAGGCUUGUCUGUAUGGUAUCAGGUUCCUAACUUUUUAAAAUUAAAUUCUGACACUUGACACAAAGACCUUGUACUAAAAGUAAAAGCCAUAGGUAUGAAUGCUAAAAUGUGAAUUGAAAAGUAAGAGUGUAAAUAUUUUAAUCAGUAUUAGACAACAAAACAAUAGCAUCCAUGAAAUACUGCAUUAUUUCUUUAAUCCAAUAAAUUAUGAGCAACUGAGUGACUGUGAAUUACAGUGCCAGAUCCUAGUGGCAAGGAUCAAUAUAACGUUAACUUUGCAGUAAUGACCUAUUAAUCUUAAGUUUGUUUAGAAAAUACUUGUCUGGCUCUAUGUUUAAGGAUGCUAAGAACUUCCAAUUCUCAAUUAUUGCCUUGAAAUUAGAGGUGCCUCCCUACUUCUAAAAAACUUUGUUUUCAAAGCCCUAAGUAAAGGGAGGAAUUUUUGCAAGGAUGUUCCCUAAUGCUCUUGGUAUUCCUGUAGAUCUUGCUUAAAAUCAGGCUUUUCUAUUCAGUCUUCUCCAAAUGCAAAAUUAUUUCUUGAGAUUUGUGCUUUUAUUUAGUAUCAUUCAAAAUUAUUCUUGUUUCAUCAUAGCUAGCCUUGGAGAAACUGUUGCAAAACAAACAUGAAUCUCAAUUAAAAUUUCAAACAAUUUAAUAACAUAACUUACAUUCAUUUUGUGGUUUUUUUUCUGAGAUGCAAAUAAUAUGGGAUGAGAUUAUGUGCAAAGGAAUAAAUGUGACCUGAUGUUAAUCAUGAAAGUAAAAGAUAGCUAUUGGAUUUAUACCUGGCUUCUGAUAAGAAGCCUGUCUUUUGAUAACAUAUAGGGGAUGUAACUUGCUUAGCUACAUAACUCUAAAUUUUUAGGCAUUUAUGCAUAUAGACACCAGAUCUGUAUUAGUGGAAUUAAAGGAACAAUCUGGUUGUGUCUAAUUAAUUAAACUAACUUAGGCAAUUUAAGUCCAGUGUAAAUUGAGCAGUUAGGUGAUAUUGAUAGCAGGGCUAUAAUUUGGUAAGCACAGUUGGGCUAUUUUUUUGUUCUGUUUGAUCUCCCCUUUUUAAUAACAGCUUGCAGAUUUGGUAGGAGAGAAAUGAUGCUUUGUUGUUUUGCCCAGUGCUGCCUCUAUACAUACUUCUGUUGAGCCUGGGUCGGAAUGCAGUUGGGGGCAUGACCAAUCCUCUUCUCACCCUGAGGGACAGGUUGAAAGGCUCUCCUCAAGUAAUAACUCCACUGGGAAGUGUUUCCCUUUGCAACCCCCUCUUCCCUAGAAGUUCCUUCCCAAAUUGCUUCUACCAGUGGAGUCCCCCAUGCCUCAUUACUGCAACAGCAACUGCAACUGUGGGAGGAAUGAUUGACUUAGAGAGUCUGGAGUCUUAGAGAGACUUGGAAGUUCUGGUUGCCCUCUGUAACAGCCACCUUGCCAUCCUCUUUCUGCCACAAAUGUCUGUAUAGACAUACAGAUCUCUCCAAACUAUAUACCUAUGCACCAUUGGAGGAGUUCUUCACUUUAAAUAAGUAUAUACUGCUGGUCCCCAGAGUGCCCUUUGUUAUGCAGGUAAUGGUCUGUAGCUUGCAAUGAGGCAGCAUGCAGCUGCACUUGUUGCCUGGUGCCUGCAGUGGGCCGUGUCACAUGAGGUGAAUGCUUGAAUUUAUGCUGAAUGAAACUAACUGGCUUAAGCACUGGGGUCUAGGCAGUGAGAAAUGGAGAAGUUGGAAUGAACAAAACCCUGUGAGGUGUGUCUGGAUACAAAAUAAAAAGUGAACAUUUAAUUGAGACUUGUGGAUUUGUAUACAAUAUUCAUGAGAGGCCACAAGUUACUUCUGAAAGAAGGGCAGGGAGAAGAAAGGGAGCUGAUCAAUAGUUUGAGAUCUGCUAAGUUAUUCACACAAUAUAAGAAAGGAUUAGCUGCUUUUUUUUUAAAAUAGUUGCAAAGGCAUAUUUCAUCUGCAGGCAUAUGAGGAUGGAAUUGGAUGUCAGUCCUGUGUGAGAUGGUCACUAGAGGAGGAUCAUGCAGCUUCUGCUGUUUCAUGCUUGCAGUGGAAUUUUUAAUUAGCUAAUGGUGCAGAAUAUGGUGGUCUCUUACACAAUUUCUGUAACUCAGUAUUAUUUUGAAUGAGAAAACAUUUAAAUAGAUGCUUAAUUUGGUUGCUUACUUUUAAGGACUGAAGUAUCUGUUCUAUAGGGACUAUUGUGAAAAUAUAACAUGCAGUUAGAAUUUUUUUGUUGUUUCUAACAAGUUCCUUCUUAAACUGUAGUCUUUGCUUCUAGAAAAUAAUUUUAAAAUUAAAGCAACCUGUUUCCAAUGAAAAUACAAAUAAUUUGUAGCUUAUUAAACACUUGGCGGCUCAGGCAGGUAAAACAGAAGCUGGAGCUCACUAGCUCAGAUCUUGUAAAGCUUCAGCCAUUUCUUGACCUAACUGGGAGCAUGCCUGUGUUUGCAUCCUGGCCACAGUUUUGCAAUGUGAUGUGAGUAAUGCUCUCACAGCUCCCUCAUACUUUUUUCCCUAACUGGAACCUUGACAUCUAUAAAUGUCUCUGCUGGGACUUGUCUUUCCAAAUCCUUUGAGAGCUUGGUGGCCUGUUGAGGAAAUCAUUUGUAGCAUUAAAAGAUCUGAAACUAGAAAGAGGAGUGCAGCAUGUAGAUACUAGGGUGAGGGUCUCUAACGUGGAGGUACAAGGACCUGGAGGGUGUAAGUGGUGUGCAAGGGGCUGUGUCUGGCAGGUGAUAGCUGGUUGUGGCAUUGCAGCCCAUCGCCGCUGGAGCUGUCCAAGGUUUGUGACAAAGAUGGCUGCAGUGACUGCCUAGCCUGGACUGCAAGCCUUCUCAGCCAGGGUGUUGGGAGUUGGGCAAGAGGGCGAUGUGGUGAGGCAGGGAGGUCUGUCCCCAUCUCAUGAGGAGAAGAGUGAUGGCAGGUGGUUGGCAGGGGAUGCAAUGGUGCUGAGGCCCACAAACCCAGACAGCCAUCCUCUGCCCAGAGUUAGCCUGCUGGAAGGUUGAAAGAGACAGUGAGGCACUGCAAAGCCAAGGCUGAAGGCAAUGCGGAGGGAACCAGUUUUCCAGUACAGCAGUGGAAUCAUGGCACCAGUGGUGGCCGACUAUGUCCCCUGCUUGGGUGGAGAUCUGGCCCCUGGAGGUGGCACUGCCUCAGCCAAGCAUCCCAGGCUGGUCCUCAUCAGAUUCUGCCAAUAGAUUGUUGUGGGAAACAGAGCCUGAGCCACUGCACAUUGCCAGCUUGCUGUGAACAUGCAUGGACUCCCCACACCUGUAUGUGCUGAGUUAUAAUUCUGGUGCUCUUCCAGCACAACUGGGUCUUAAAGCUUUUGCCAAGGUGUUAUGGGUUGACCCUGGCUGAACAGGUGCCCAACAAGCCACUCUAUCACUCCACUCCUCAAGUGGACAUGGGAGAGAAAAUAUAAUGAAAGACUCAUGGGUGGAGAUAAGGGCAGGGGGAGAUCACUCACCAAAUACCAUCAUGGGCAAAACAGCUCAACUUGGGGAAACUAGCUUAAUUUAUUAUCAAUCAAAUCAAAGUAGGAUAGUGAGAAAAUAAAAACUAAAUCUUAAAACACCUUCAUCCAACCCCUCCUUUUUUCUGGGCCUAGCUUAACACCCAAAUUCUUUACCUCCUCCCCCUCAUCAGUGCAAGGGGACAGGGAAUAGGGCUGUGGUCAGUUCACACAUUCUCUCUGCCGCUCCUUCCUCAGGGGAGGACUCUUCCCCUACUCCAAUGUGGGUCCCUUCCCAUGAGGUCAUUCCUUCAGGCACAGCCUGCUCUGGCAUGGGCUCCUUCAGGGGCUGCAGGGGGUUUUCUGCUCCCCCAUGGGCUGCAGGGGCACAGCUGCCUCACCAUGGGCUGCACCACAGGCUGCAGGGGAAUCUCAGCUCUGGCACCUGGAGCACCUCCUGCCCCUCCUUCUGCACUGACCUGGGUGUCUACAGAGUUGUUCCUCUCACAUAUUCUCACCCUGCUCUCACAGCUGCUGUUUCACAAUUUUUCUUCCCUUCUUAAAUAUGUUAUCCCAGAAGCACUGCCCCUGGAGACGUUUUAAUAAUUUCAGUAGUAUUUGUUGCUGCUGUUUAAAUCUGUAUGUUAAUUUGCUUAGAGAAAGUAUACUGGCUAAAGGGAACUUUUUUCUUCGUAAAGUUACAUAAGAUCCCACAUUUUUCUAAUGCUGACUUUUCUUUAACAUAUUUUAAACAAAAUAAACUGUUUCCAAUUGUUCCCUUCAGCUGGAGGUCUAAUUCUGCAUAUCCUUUUCUGGGGCUGUAAUCUGAGUCAUGAAAAUGUUGUCAUAUCCUGGUGCUUUGCUCUGAAAAAGGAGCAGAGAAACCCACUGGCUUUCAGGGGCCAUGCUGCAAGAAUGGUGAUUCGUGGGCAGACUUGCCUAGGGGGCACACAAAUGAACUACACAGAGGUGAGGGGAGAAGAGGGAUUUUUCCUGUUAAAACUGAAUAAACAAGAGACAGUGCCAAUGUGUUUUUAAUUUGUUACUUACAUGCAGAAUAUUUGAAAAACAUAUUUUUUCUGACACCAUCUUCUUAUGCUAGGGCUAAUUGGAGCCUGAAGCCAAAACAUUUUCAGUCUAAGAAAUCCCAUACUGUAUUUAACAUAAGAAGCAUAUGAGUAAUUCCAUGGAAGAAACUAGAACAUGCUUCUGUGUUUUCUGGAUUGGGGUAUUAUUCCUUAUAUUGUGUUCUGUUCAUAAAGCUUUAGAGUGGCUGGCAAAGUUAUUGAUAAACAGAAUAUUAUGUGUCACAAGAAAUUUGUAGUUUCAGGGCUUUCUCCUUGUCUUGGUUUGAAAGACAGGUAUCUGCUAGGAAGGGGGCAGGACCUCCCUAGAGAUGGAGAAUUCAAAUCCCCUCCCUCGAAAUUAUUCUAAUUUAGAAAAUUAAAGGGGCUUUCAGGCAGAGUUAUGGGGAUAGGAAUAACAGUUCUUUACUAGUAUAUAUGACAAAACAAACAACAACUACAGCAUCAAUAAUAAACAGAACCAGGAACCUUGAGGGCUUUCUUUCACAAAAGCCUGGGGCAGUUUGAUCUCGUUGCCUCUGCAGGACUCCGAGAGACCAAGCUGGAACGGUGGAAAGUCCCAGGCUGGUGGAUGAGAUCAGAAACUCUGCGCUGGUAGCUGGAGUGGCAGGGAUGUCCCGGCAGGGCAGGGCAGUGCAGGGCUACAGAGUAGCAAGAAAGCCUCAAAGCUCUGAAGAAACAGCAGCGGUGGGGGCAGGGCCGGCCCAGCAGGGCAGGAAAAGGCGAGCUCAGGAUUCCUGGGUACACAAGCAAAUGAUGGUAGAUUUCCCAGGACGAGACAGAGUGAUGACCAUGAACUCUUCCCUCAGCAAACAACAGCCUGAUAGUCCUCCCCGAUGCCGAGAGUAAGAGAGAGCAACUGCCCCCCCAGCUCUUUUACCUUUCCCAAAGCUCGAGUUAUCUCGCCUCUCAGAGAAAACUCCCAGAGACCAAAAACCAAUAGGUUAGCCCAGUGAUACAAUCUCCUUUGGCCACUUCAUUGUUUCAGUCAAAGACUCAGUAGUUAAUCUCCUAGCAACUUAUGGGGAAAAAAUUCUAUAAGAAAUGGAAAAAAAAGAACAAACAAAUCUAACCCCCAAUACUCCUUUAAGGAUGUAGACUGAUGUUUCAGCUGAUUCACACCAAAUAGGUUUGUUGAAGUCAUGGGUAUGCAUAUGUUACAGCAUGUUUAGACUGCCCCCUCCACUGUUAAGGAGGGAAAUACAGUAAACGAAAAAUUGGUACUCAUUUUCAGGGAGAGAAGGAUGUUUGUCCAUGUGUGUGUAAAACCAACCAGAAAAAAAAUAAUUGUUCUAUCAAAAAGAGUCCUAAAUUAUAUAUAUAGCCAUGUCUUCAUUCCCUAUUUCAUCUCUUUUACUAAAAUGACCACAGGGAAACAUUUUUUCCUACUUUUUUUCUUAUAAUUUUUAAAAACUAUUUUUGCAGUAAUUUUUAAAAAAUGUAUUCUCAGAUCUAAAGCAGUUUCAGGGGCUGAGCAACCCCAUUGGUGUAAAUGGCAGGAAAUAAUUUUGUUGAGUUUAUUUUUCCUGACCACUUAAGUUUUAU